AUGCCCUCCAAGGUCGGCAUGCCCAUUGAGCCGCCGGCCCUCGUCGCCGUCACCGGCGCCAACGGCUUCAUCGCCCAGCACUGCAUCGCCGCGCUCCUCCAGCACGGCUACCGCGUCGUCGGCACCGUCCGCGCCGCCGCCAAGGCCGCCGCCGUCCAGCACGCCCACGGCCACCACCCCAAGCUGACCGUCGCCGUCGUCGCCGACAUCACCGACCCGGCCCAGUACCGCGCCGUGCUCGCGCCGCUCGCGCCCGCCGCCGUGCUGCACCUCGCCGCGCCCUUUCACUACCGCGCCACCGACUUUGAGACGGAGCUCAUGGUGCCCGCCGUGCGCGGCGCCACCGCCAUCCUCGACGCCUGCGCCGCCAUCCCGGACGCCCCGACGGCGUACCGCGCGAGCAAGACGGCCGCCGAGCGCGCCGCCUGGGCCUUUAUGAAGGACCGCCCCGUUGCCUUUGACAUGGUCAGCCUCUGCCCGGCCAUGGUCUUUGGCCCGUUCCUGCCCAAGGCAAGGCCGCGCGCCGUCGCCGACGUCAACACGAGCAACCGCAUCGUCUGGGGCGUCGUGAGCGCCGGCCGCGCGGCCCCGGUGCCGCCGACAAAGGGCCCCGUCUGGGUCGACGUGCGGGACGUGGCCGACGCGCACGUGCGCGCGCUCGUCGUGCCCGAGGCCGGCGGCGGCCGGUACCUGCUGGCGCAGGGCGUGUAUUGUAACCAGGAGAUUGCGGAUGUGGCGCGGCGUGUGGCGCCGAUGGCGGAUCGGAUCCCGGUCGGCACGCCGGGCACGCGCGAGGCCCAAGGGCAUUUUGGCGUCGAUGCGGCCGAGACGGAGCGCGUGCUGGGUGUGAAGUGGCGCGGUCUGGACGAGUGCUUGCGGAGCCUCGUGCCGCAGCUGUUUGAGAUGGAGGAGUAG